AUGACGGAUAUCGGCGCCGAGUUGUCGUCAGAACUGACGAGGAUAAUUGAGUGUCCCUAUCCGGCGUCCUUAGCCAACUUAGCAGGUCUUCUUGCCCGUACUGAUGCUCACACGAUUCGCGCCUGUAUCCACAACCGCCCACCCUGUGCGGUGGCUAGGUUGGCGACAUUAGUCUGUGAAGCACUGCCUCUCUGGGCCUACACCUUGCGCGUAUUACACUCUCUGUGUCAUUCCCCCGAGUUUAGGGAUAAACUGUUGCUCCAGAAUCAUGGCUUGCUAAACGCCUUGCUUGCGAAAGCAAACUCUUCGCAAAGAGACUUUGAUGAUUAUGUCGAGUUAUGUGUGCUCAUCCUCUCGCGACCACUUCCGGAGUCGGUGUCACUUCCAACAAGUGCUCAAUCCUUCUUUCUUCGAGUCUUCGAAAAAGCGACCCAGAAGCCAGACUUGAGCACCCUCAAACCAGUGUAUUGUAUGCUCAAUGGAGCGUGUCGGCAGCUGCUCGGUCUUCUUCCAACAGAGACACGGCAACAAUUUGACCGGGAGCUGUGUCAUAUCUUGUCUUCCAAUGGCACGGGUCAAAAUUCUAUGCUAUUGCUGUGGUGUUUUGGCAUAGUACUCCUCGCGGAACAUCCUGAAAAUGUUGGUGCCCUCCAAAACCUGCGGUCUAGCUUUGACCAACCGGUGUCAACCCCACAUUUAGAGCAGCAGUGGAAAACUGCGUCAGGCCGGAAGCUCUUUGGCUCCACGAGUGGGUUAUACAAAACAAUCAACUUGACCUACCUAAGCGUCAUCUGGGCAGCGAAAGGCGAUGUUGGUGUAACAGACGCCGAAGCCAUCGAAGGUAUUCGCAUCGCUGUAAGGACCUUGUGGUUUGUGGACCGAGACAUACGAGAAGGAUGGCCCAAGUCCAGCGCGUUGGCAAAGAACAUAUUUCCAAAACUUCCCUCCAAGAUCCUACGUUCAGGAAUUUGUCCAGCUCUCCAACUUGAAGCCUUGUGUUUCUAUGCAAUGAUUGCAGGGGAGAAGUAUCUCCUGCCAGAAGUUGUGGCACAAUAUGAGGACUGCUUGACACAGAUACCAAGCUUUGCCAAUGCCGACUCUCUUGGUGAGACUCUUUCAGUGUCGCUCCCGAUAUUCGCUCCGCAUUUACAAGAAAACUCUGUCCGAACGUUACUAUACGGGAUAUUGAACGCGUGCAUUUCAGCUCCGACCUCCCAUCAGUUGUCAAACUUCAUAACGUUGAUUGAUGGGCUUACCACAGCCUUACGCAGUUGCGCCCUGCUACGAUCCAAGAUGCUGCUUGCAAUAUCGUCAAAUAAUCUUCAAGAAAAGCUCUGGAGUUUUAUCCAUGAUAGGUCAGUGAAGGAAAGCAGCACUUGUCGUACGAACGCCGCGUCGCUACAUCGAGAGGUGGUGUCAGCUACGAUUGCAUCGCUGUUGACUCUUGUCCUUACAAUGGGACCAACAGAGUUGUCGGUUCCACACGUUCUUGUCGCUGCUCUCAUCAAAAAGCAACGAGAACUUCCGUAUGUCUCGAGUCAAUGCUCUCAUAUACUGGCAACCGCCCCUCCCUCAAUAUCAUUGUUCCAACAAGAGUGUACCCAAUUCACUGGUCAGCAUUUGCAGGACUGGAGGGACCGGCUCAAAUCGGAGCUCGAGAGUCAGAACUUCUAUCAAAGGGACUCGGUCGUGCGUUCCGUUGCGCAGAUUUGCCAGGACCUCGAGACUCGGUGUAACACUGUUGAGGAACCGUUACGGCGUGAGCAGGAGAGGUCAAAAGAGUUAGAGCAGCAAAUUUCUCAGUUGAAGGAGCAGGUAUCGUCACUCAAAUCGCAAGCAGACGAUGACCGGUAUCACUUGGAGGGCUUAGAAGAUGAGAAGCUCAUAAUGGCAGAAGAGAAGAAUAGAGUUGCGACGAAGCUUGACGAACUGAAAGUGGAAUUCGCCGAGGCUGACAGAGCGGUUCAAGAGACAUUGCGUACCGUUCAGGAGGAGUUCCAUGCAAAAGAGCUAGACUUUCGAUCGGCAACUUUCAAACACGAGGAAAACAUCCGCGCAGGUGCCAAUGAGAUUGAGGCGCUGAACGGUUCUGUUAGUCAGCUGAGGCGCACUUUGGAAGAGAACAAAGCAAAGCAAGACGCCUUACACGAGCAACACCAGGACUUGCAGAGCCGAUUCGAUGAAUCUGAAAGUCAACUCGACAGCGAGCGUGAAACUGUUUUCAGGCAAUCUGAAGAGAUAAAGCGACUCAAGAAUCAAAACACUGAUAUAGACAAUCAGCUGCUGAGCACGGAGACAGAGCUUGAGGUCAUUACGGGGCGGUUGAGCGACCUUCAAGUGAGCCACCAGGAACUGGUGCAAUCCUCGGAAGAGGUGUUGAGGGAACUGGAGGUAAAAUACACUGAUGAUAUGGAUGCUGCAGCCGCUAAAGCCGAAGAUCAAUCUGCCAAAUUGAACAACGAAUUACAAAUUGCCCUACACAAGGGCCGUGAGGCCAAAGAAGCUUAUGAUGAAGUCCGGCGAGAGUUCCAGCUUCUGCAGAACUCUGUCCCGCCACUCGAGGCCAAACUCCAGGAACUCACCGAAUUCUGCACGGAGCAAGAAGAGGAACUUGAAGAGUUGAGGACACUGCGGAGGAAUGUCCUGAAAUCGUUCGGUCUCGCAACACCGAACCCUCUGGCGAUACGGUCAGCUGCUCGUCCGCAGACGGAGACCAAUGAUCCCCAGACUCCGCGCGCGCCUCGUGAACAUCGGCGUCGGAAAUCAGCCAUUCAGACCCAAGACGUCAUGCCAAAGGCUACAGGAAGUACUCAGGGUCCACCAAAUACCACAAUGGAGAACGUCGCGGAUGCUUCUUCUGACUCCCACGGCUCGCAGAAUGGUCCGACGCCCAAGCGUCCUAAGCCACGCCCGUCUUUCAAAGUGCCUGCGAUGCAUACUCCAUACACUCAAAAACCUAUACUCAAUUCCAGAUCGCUUUCUAAGAAAUUGUCGCCCUCUAAGCGCUCGGCUUUGAGGCAGCUGUCUCCAAAUCGCCGACAUACUACUGUUGGGUUUGCCGCAUCUGAGAAUGAGGAAGAAUAUCAAUACGAUGAGACAACGUCGGCAAGGAAGAGGCGCGGCAGUCUGCAGCAGCCAGAUUUCGACAUGGAUGAUUUCUUGGCGGGCACACCGCUUAUGACUCCCGGUCGGUUCGAGACGGGCACGGGAAGAGUUCCCGAUGAAGACGAUGUUACUACUACAGAACUAUAA